GAGGUCAUAGAUGCACUGCAAGAAAGCGAGAGCCCACAAGCCAGGCUCUCACAGCUUUGUAUGGAGACCCAAUGAAAGAGCUGAAGCAGUUGAGUACUCACUCAAACAUCAUUGAUAUAGGAGAAAACAUACACCAGUAUUACAUGACAGAGUUUCAGAAAGAGAAGGAGGAGUGUAUUAGAGCUGCUACUGAGGAGGCGUGGGGCAAGGCUGAUCUGGAAAUGGAGAAAAUAGUGUUAGAGACACUUCAGUUGGCCAGAAAGGAGAGAGAGCUCUUGAGGAGGAAAGUGGAAAAUGCAAACUCUUAUUUGCAGGAGACCUUGGUUGAGUAUGAUAUCAAAACAAAGCGCAAGGUCAGGUCCGACAUUGAGAAACUGCGCGAACGAAACGAAGAGAGGGCCUCUCAGGAAAUCCGAGGGGCCAUAGAGAAGAUAGCACAGCGGCAUGCUAAGAGUGUUGUGAGAACUCGAAGAAAAGAGAAACAAACUACUGCACACGCUGCCACUAUCCUGGAGAUGGACUUUAUGCUGCAACCGGAGGAUGCGAAGGCUGUGGCCAGCAAGAAAAAAGAUGAGAUACUGGCAGAAGUGAGGGCAGUGAUGAUAUCCAGCAUCGCUGGCAACAUCGAGAGAACCCGCAGGGAGGAGAAGGAUAUUGCCCAACACAAUAUAGUUGAGGCAGAGGGGCGGUACAAGGCAGAACUGACUGCCCUGAAGGAGUCAACACAAGAGCUGCAGACUCUGUUGGACAAGACCAUCAGAGACCUCCGCACAGCUAUAGCCGAUAAGCAAGUGUAUAUGGAUGACCUGGAAGAAACAAGGGCAGCAUUUCAACAUUUCAUCAAUCAGCAGUUUAAAGAAUUGAAGCCUGACCAAGCUGACUUUAUCCUCCCGUCAAAGAAAAUGUACAGGUUGAAUGACAAGUGAACGAAUUGAAGCUCAGAAAAUGCCUCUCUUUGGCUUAUCACCAUUGGUCAACUGCAAUAAAUCUCAUUAUCCACA